AUGGACUCGACUCAGACCAGCACUCAGGCCCCAACCGUGAAGCCCACCACUGGAGAACACACCGAACCGUCCCUGGACUCGAGCUAUCAACUAGAAUGGAUUAAGAAGCUCCUUGCGCAGAUCAAAGACUGUCUCAAGCAAAAUAGCGACUGGCUCGGUGUUGACCCGUCGAAGCCACAACGCAUCCUGGAUUACGCAUGUGGGAAUGGUACAGUCUCGUCUGUGAAAUUAUUCAACGAAGAGGCGUCGAAGCUGCUGGGUCCCAACCACCAAGAUCGCAUGCACGCCAUCCAAGGCGAUCUGAACGAGCCUGAGAAAACCCCGGUCCUCACCCGUCCCGAGUGGUUCGGGUUCGACUGCGCCAUCAUCAGCUUCGCCCUUCACCAUGUCGACGAUCCGAUCGAGCUCCUCAAGUUGCUCAAGGCUCGUGUCAAGCCCGGCGGUACCAUCGUGGUCGUCGAAUGUCUCAAACAAGAUGGGGCCGAAACCGAUUCCGCCACUGCAUCUAGUGGCAUCAAGGAUGGGGAGCCAAAGUAUAACCCGGCUAACAUGAAAGCAGUGCCGAUGGGUCGGGUGUGGCCGGGGUUCUCUGUAGAAGAUGUUCAUGAGGAUUAUGCUGCUGCUGGGUGUACAGAUGUGGACUUGAGGAUUUGGCCUGAGCCGGUCGAGCUGCCGAAGAUGCCAACGUUUGGUGGUAGGUGUACCAUUCCCGGCCUUGGAAGUCGAAAGAAGGAUGAGAACACAUCUGAUCUCUGCCUCAAAGUGUAUCGGGUCGCUGCUCAAUGGUAA